UGGACCUUUUUUGAAGUGCCCGCUUGCCUAAUGCCAUGAAUAUUGCAGUGAGCAAUGUGGAAGAAAAAGCUGUCCAUUCCUGGUCAAGAAUUUCCUCUGCGGGACAGAAAGUGCUGGAGGAAGCCCUCCGAGUCUUCAACCCGAUGUCGAAGGACCUUUCGGGCACAGAGACCCAGCUGGUGGCCUUCAUUCAGGGCCUGAAGGAGGAGGGCUACCAGCCCACAAUUCUGAGGAGUAAGGAUGUGUACGGGUACAGCUCGUGCACGGCAGACACGCCUAGCCAAACGAAAGAGAGCACCCCGCACAACUGCGCCAACACUGCCGCCGAGUCUGCUAAGAGUCCGUCUCGAAACACCACAGCCAUACCAAAGGUGGCUGCUUCACCCACCAGCGUUUCGCUGAACUCUUCAAAAGUCUCCACUCAGCCCAUCUCUAAAGGGGAUUCCACAAAUCUCCUCUUGAGCUCCUUGAAGCAGACAAGAUCUGGCACGUCCAAGGCCGCUGCAGUGGGCUUCCCUGCGAGCAUGUAUCCUGACGUGUAUCCAGCCAUGAGACUGUCAGUGGUUCUGGAAGCUCUGGUGCCGCUGAAAACUACCACGUCCUGUUUGGAGUCCAAGUACACACGAGGGCGUCUUGGGAUCUCGCCCUCAGACCUUAAACUCCUGAAGGCUUCAAGUCUGCCAAGGCAGUUUUCUUCAGGCAAGACCACUAAAGUAACAGAAGGUAAGGGGUACAAGCGUUUGAUGAAGAAAGCACCGGAUUCUGCCACCCUCGCUUUAAAUCUGAAGGGACCAAAGGGUGGAGUGCUGCAGGAGAGCAAUGCUUGCAAAGCCUCGGGAGUCCUCAACGGGAGAGUCACAGGCAGCUCAUCCCAGGGCUGCACCACAGCACCGCAGUCCAAGACCUUGAAAAUUAAAGAUAAGGAACCUCUGGUGGGAAAAACAGAGUGGAAGGACAGUAGCACUUACCAGGAGAGCAUUGGGCAGAAGAGGAGAAGAGCUGCGGAGGCAAGAGAAGCACCGCAGAGGAAGAAAGCAAAUACUAUUCCUGUCCGAAAUAAAUCUCGACGUGCUCAGAGCACUUUGAACCUGCUGAAAUUCCGGGCCAUCAAGGUGGGCAACUCUUCUUCCGACGAUGAAGUGAGGAGGAGAGCACAGAAGAUUCUUAGGGUCAACCUGUCCCCUGUGAUCCGAAUUCAGCCCUUGUCCCACUCUCACAGUGUUCCCUGAGUUUCUUCACUUUGUCACUUCUUUUUGUAAGUAAGUAAAUAUGAGCCUGGCAGCAGAGCGUGGAGAAGUUUAAGAGUGACUCUGGAUCUCUGGUGCCUGGUGACGAUGUGUUGACUAACCUGCAGACGGAGCAGCCUGCUCUCGCGCUGUUUCUGCCCGUCUACCACUGCUAUGCAGAACUGACUGCAGAAAUACAAAACCCUUUCGGGGAACGCAGGACGGUGACUCUCGCCUGUGGCGAGCCGAGCAGGUCAGAGAGCUUGCUUUCUGCGGGCGCCCUUCUGAACAUGGCAGGCUGCGCUCUCGUGCAGGGGGAGAACAUGGGACUUUCUCAUGACAUUGAUUGAUGCACUGUGAUAUUGCUCUUUUUCAAGCUGUACAUUUACUGGGUUUAUUUUGAUCAAAUUUUAUAACUUUAUUAUCUAUAUAUCUAUAUAUCCAUAUUUGUGCAUAUGGCCCAGGAACUGUGGGAAGAUGCACUU